AUGAAACCAUCUAAACUGCAAGAUCAUCUGAGAAGAUGCCACCCUGAUAAAACAGAGAAAGAUUUGAAAUACUUUCAAACACUCAAAGAUAAAUUUCAGAAGAGACCUACACUGGACAGAAUGUUCGCUUCGACGUCACAAAGAAAUGAUGAUGGUUUGCGGGCGCCUUACAAUAUCUCGUUAAUUAUAGCAAAAUCCGGAAAACCGCAUACUAUCGGAGAGAAGUUAGUUUUGCCAGCCGUUGAAGAGGUUUUAAAAACUGUUUUACACAAACCUGCAUCUGAUAUCAUUAAAAGAAUUCCCUUAAGCAACAAUACUGUUGAAAGACGUAUUGAUGAAAUGAGUUCUGAUAUUGAAAGCUUCUUAUAUGUAUAG